AGAAGAAGAAAAUGAGGCUAAGAUUGAAAAUGUGCAGAAGACAGGUUUCAUCAAAGGACCAAUGUUCAAAGGUGUUGCUUCUAGUCGAUUUUUGCCCAAAGGCACCAAGACAAAAGUUAAUUUGGAAGAACAGGGACGGCAGAAGGUGUCAUUCAGCUUCAGCCUUACAAAGAAAACGUUGCAGAAUAGGUUUCUCACUGCACUCGGGAAUGAAAAGCAAAACGACACACCUAACUCCUCAGCAGUACCUCUUCAAGUAGACUCGACCCCCAAAAUUAAAAUGGAUGUUGGAGAUACCUUAUCUACCACAGAAGAAUCUUCCCCACCAAAAUCAAGGGUAGAAUUGGGCAAAAUCCAUUUUAAGAAACACCUUCUUCAUGUGACAUCCAGGCCUCUGUUGGCUAAUACCACAGCAGUAACAUCUCCACCUCCUCCCACGGCGCAGUUACCAGCAGUCAUUGCAGAAUCAACAACUGUAGACUCACCACCCUCAUCUCCACCCCCACCACCUCCACUGCCCCCAGCCACAACACCUUCACCACCAGCACCAGAGCCAGUGGCCUUGCCACACACACCAGUAACAGUUCUAAUGACAGCACCUUCACCAGUUGACCUGGCAGUUAAAGCUCUGAAAGAACCACCAGUUGAAAUUGUGCAAGGAUCUUCAGAAGUGGAUACUAAGCAGGACAUUGUAUCUAAUAGUUCAGAAGAACAUGUAACUCACAAUUUGAAUGAGCAAGCAGAUACUCCUUCACAAAAAGAAGAUUCCCAUAUUGGGAGGGAAGAAGAAAUUCCAGAUAGCUCUAAGAUUAGUCUUAGCUCUAAAAAAGCAGCUUCUAAGAAGAAAUCUUCACAUUCUGAGGGCACCUUUAUUUGUUCAGAAUCUGAUGAAGAUUCUGUACGGACUUCUUCAAGUCAGAGAUCACAUGACUUAAAAUGUUCAGCAAGCAUUGAAAAAGAAAGAGAUUUAAGAAAGAGCUCAGCACCUUUAAGAAAUGAGGAUUCAGGUAAAUCUUCACGAUCUAAAACAGAGAGAGAUGAUAAAUAUUAUAGCCACUCAAAACCUGAAAGAGAUAAUCGGUAUGUAUCUUCCCGAGGUAGGUCAGAAAGAGAGCGAAGGCGGAGCAGAUCUCGCUCUAGAUCUGACAGAGGCUCUAGAACUAGCUUAUCCUAUUCCCGGUCAGAACGAUCCCAUUAUUACGACUCUGAUCGUCGCUACCAUAGGAGUUCUCCUUAUCGAGAGAGGACACGCUAUUCUCGGCCAUAUGCAGAUAACAGGGCACGAGAGAGUUCCGACUCUGACGAUGAGUACAAGAAGACAUACUCUAGGCGCACCUCAUCUCACUCUUCCUCCUACAGAGACCUAAGGACGCCGUCAUCCUAUUCUAAAUCUGAUCGGGACUGCAGAAUAGAGACCUCGUACUUAGAGAUGGAGAGAAGAGGAAAGUAUUCUUUAAGAGAAUCCAAAAGAACUUUAGAAAAUGAAGCAAUUAAAAGAUGUUAUUCUCCCCCUAAUGAACUGGGAUUCCGGCGGGGGUCAUCACAUUCAAAGCACGAUAGCAGUGCUUCCCGUUAUAAAGCUGUCCCUUCAAAACCUACGCCCAGGUCUGAUAAAUUUAAAAAUUCUUUCUGUUGUACAGAAUUAAAUGAAGAAAUCAAGCAGUCUCAUUCUUUUCGUUUACAGUCUCCUUGUUCAAAAGGUAGUGACUUAAGAAUGAUUAGUAAAAUUCCUGAAAGAGAAAAAGCCAGGUCUCCAUCUCCUUCAAAUCGAUUGAAUGAUUCACCUACUUUUAAAAAGCUAGAUGAAUCGCCUAUUUUUAAGUCUGAAUUUAUAGGACACGAGAGCCACGAUAGUAUUAAGGAAUUCGACUCUUCAUCUAAAGUGAAGAAUGAUCAAGUAAGAAGUUUUUGUCCCGUAGAAUUAAAUAUAAAUGGAUCCUCGGGGGCAGAAUCGGAUUUGGCAACAUUUUGCACUUCUAAAAGUGAUGCUGUUGUGAUGACUUCUGAUGAUAGUGUGACUGGAUCAGAGGUAUCACCUUUGGUCAGAGCAUGCGUGAUUUCCUCAAAUGGAUUUCAGAAUGUUAGAUGCAAAGAAAAAGACUUGGCUGAUACUCGCAUGCAACAUCAUAAGUCAGAAAGCCCAUUUAGAGAAACAGAACCUCCCAUGUCACCACACCAAGAUAAACUCAAGUCUUUGCCAGUCAUGACUACAGAUUAUUCUAAAACAGUAGUUACAGAAGCUGUUGAUGUACGAGUCGCUUGCUGCAAAACCAAAGAUUCAGAUAUAGAUUGUACUUCAAAUGACAAUAACCCUUCUUUGUGUUAUUCCGAAGCUGAAAAUGCCGAGCCUUCAGUUAUGAAGAUUUCUUCAAAUAGCUUUAUGGAUGUGCAUUUGGAAUCAAGAGCUGUCUGUGAUAAUACAAAUCUGACAGAUCAGCAUUCACAAUUUGUAUGUGAAGAAUAUAAGCAGGGCGUGGGCAGCACUAGUUCAGCUUCCGUUAAUCAUUUUGAUGAUUUAUAUCAGCCUAUAGGGAGUUCAGGUAUUGCCUCAUCUCUUCAGAGUCUUUCACCAGGAAUAAAAGCAGACAGCUUAACUCUCUCGCAAUGUGGAGAGAACACAUCUUUAGUUCCAGAUGCAGUGUUGAAGACUAAAAAAAGCACAGAGUUCUUAAAGCACGCAGGGAAAGAAAUAGUAGAAGUAGGUAGUGGCCUUCCUGAUUCAGGAAAGGGAUUUGUUUCCAGGGAAAACAGGCAUAAUAAUGGGUUAUCUGGGAAACGUUCACAAGAAGCUCAAGAAGAAGGGAAUUCCGUGUUGCCUGAUAAAAGAGGAAGACCAGGAAUCCCGCUAGAUGGAGGAGGAGGAAGAGGAUGUGUCCAUACUUCUGAUGGUUCAGAAGUUGUGUUUUCUUGUGAUUUGAACUCAACCCUGGAAGACAGUGAUGGUGUAACUGAUACCUUAAGAUGUGAUAGCAGUGGGCAUGCCCCGGACAUUGUAUCUACUGUCCAUGAAGAUUAUUCUGGUUCUUCUGAAAGUUCAAGUGAGGAAAGUGAUUCAGAAGAUACAGAUUCUGAUGAUAGCAGUAUUCCAAGAAACCGUCUCCAGUCUGUUGUGGUUGUGCCAAAGAAUUCUACUUUACCCAUGGAAGAAACAAGUCCUUGUUCUUCUCGGAGCAGUCAAAGUUACAGACAUUAUACUGACCACUGGGAAGAUGAGAGAUUGGAGUCAAGGAGACAUUCGUACGAGGAAAAAUUGGAGAGUCUAAUAAGUAAAACCUGUCCUCAAACUGAGAAGUUCUUCCAUCAUAAAGGAACAGAGAAGAACUCAGAGGUUUCUUUUACACAGUUCAGCAGAAAGCAAGUAGAUAACCACCUGCCCGAAAUAGCUCACCCUCAGAGCGACGGGGUAGAUAGUACAAGUCACACGAGUGUGAGCGCUGAUCUUCUGGGCCACCCAAAUUCAGAGAAAAUGGUAAAAGCAAAAAUAUCCUCUAGACAGCAUGAAGAGCUCCCAGUUUAUUCUUCUGAUGAUUUUGAAGAUGUCCCAAAUAAGUCUCGGCAGCAGACCACUUUCCCUAACAGGCCUGAUAGCAGACUGGGAAAAACAGAGGCGAGUUUUUUUUCCUCUUGUGAAAUCUCCCGAGUGGAUGGUUUGCACUCACCAGAAGAACUCCGAAACCUAGGGUGGGACUUCUCUCAGCAAGAAAAACCUACUACAACAUACCAGCAACCUGACAGUAGCUAUGGGGCCUGUGGUGGCCACAAGUAUCAGCCAAGUGCAGAACAGUUUGGGGGAGCACGUUGUUACUGGCAGGGCAAUGGCUACUGGGAUCCGAGGUCAGCAGGUAGGCCUGCUGGAACUGGGGUUGUGUACGAGCGAAUCCAGGGGCAGGUACCAGAUUCCCUGACAGAUGACCGCGAAGAGGAAGAGCACUGGGAUCCGCGGGGUGGCCCCCACUCGUUCAGCCAGUCCAGCACAUUGCUUCCAUCCCUUCAGAAAGACAGAGGGUCAGUGCAAGCACCUGAAAUAAGCAGCAAUUCCAGUAAGGACUCUUUAGCUGUGAAUGAAAAGAAAGAUUUCUCAAAAAACUUGGAAAAAAAUGAUAUCAAAGACAGAGGGCCUCCUAAAAAAAGGAGGCAGGAAUUGGAGAGUGAUUCGGAAAGUGAUGGCGAACUCCAGCAUAGGAAGAAAGUUAGACUGGAGGUGGAGCAGGGAGAGACAUCGGUGCCCCCAGGCUCGGCGCUUACCGGGCCCUCCUGUGUCAUGGAUGACUUUCGGGACCCACAGCGGUGGAAAGAAUGUGCCAAGCAGGGGAAGAUGCCUUGUUACUUUGAUCUUAUCGAAGAAAAUGUUUAUCUAACAGAGAGAAAGAAGAAUAAAUCCCAUCGGGAUAUUAAGCGAAUGCAGUGUGAAUGUGCACCUCUUUCCAAAGAUGAACGAGCUCAAGGUGAAAUAGCAUGUGGGGAAGAUUGUCUUAAUCGCCUCCUCAUGAUCGAAUGCUCUUCUCGGUGUCCAAAUGGGGAUUAUUGUUCCAAUAGACGGUUCCAGAGGAAACAGCACGCAGAUGUGGAAGUCAUACUCACAGAGAAGAAGGGCUGGGGCUUGAGAGCAGCCAAAGAUCUUCCUUCAAAUACCUUUGUCCUGGAAUAUUGUGGAGAGGUACUUGACCAUAAGGAGUUUAAAGCUCGGGUGAAAGAGUAUGCCCGGAACAAAAAUAUCCACUACUAUUUCAUGGCUCUGAAGAACGAUGAGAUAAUAGAUGCCACUCAGAAAGGAAAUUGCUCUCGUUUCAUGAAUCACAGCUGUGAACCAAACUGUGAAACCCAGAAAUGGACGGUGAAUGGACAGUUGAGAGUUGGUUUUUUUACCACCAAACUGGUCCCUUCGGGCUCAGAGCUAACAUUUGACUACCAGUUCCAGAGAUACGGAAAAGAAGCCCAAAAAUGUUUCUGUGGGUCAGCCAAUUGCCGGGGUUACCUGGGAGGAGAAAACAGAGUCAGUAUCCGAGCUGCAGGAGGGAAAAUGAAGAAGGAACGGUCUCGUAAGAAGGAUUCAGUGGAUGGAGAACUAGAAGCUCUGAUGGAGAAUGGUGAAGGUCUCUCUGAUAAAAAUCAGGUGCUCAGCUUAUCCCGACUCAUGGUUAGAAUUGAAACUUUGGAGCAGAAACUUACCUGUCUUGAACUCAUACAGAAUACACACUCACAGUCCUGCCUGAAGUCCUUUCUGGAACGUCAUGGACUCUCUUUGUUGUGGAUCUGGAUGGCAGAGCUAGGCGACGGCCGGGAAAGUAACCAGAAACUUCAGGAAGAGAUUAUAAAGACUUUGGAACACUUGCCCAUUCCUACGAAAAAUAUGUUGGAGGAAAGCAAAGUACUUCCAAUUAUUCAACGCUGGUCCCAGACGAAAACUGCUGUCCCUCAGCUGAGUGAAGGCGAUGGGUAUUCUAGUGAGAAUACAUCACGUGCUCACACACCUCUCAACACACCCGAUCCUUCCACCAAGAUGAGCACCGAAGCUGACACAGACACUCCCAAGAAACUCAUGUUCCGCAGACUUAAAAUUAUAAGUGAAAAUAGUAUGGACAGUGCAAUCUCUGAUGCAACCAGUGAGCUAGAAGGCAAAGAUGGCAAAGAUGACCUUGAUCAGUUAGAAAAUGUCCCUGUAGAGGAAGAGGAAGAAUUACAGUCCCAACAGCUACUUCCACAACAGCUGCCUGAACCCAAAGUUGACAGUGAAACCACCAUGGAGGCCAGUAAGCUCCCCAUCUCUGAACCAGAGGCUGACACUGACACAGAGCCCAAAGAGAGCAACGACACGAAGCUCGAAGAAACUAUUGCUGAGGAAACACCAUCCCAAGAUGAAGAGGAGUGUGUAUCUGAUGUGGAGAGUGAGAGGAGCCAAGAACAGCCAGAUAAGACAGUGGAUAUAAGCGAUUUGGCCACCAAGCUCCUAGACAGUUGGAAAGACCUAAAGGAAGUAUAUCGGAUUCCAAAGAAAAGUCAAACUGAGAAGGAGAACACAAUAACCGAACGUGCAAGGGAUGCUGUCGGCUUCAGAGAUCAAGCAGCUACCCCAAAGACUCCUAACAGGUCACGAGAGAGAGAUCCAGAUAAGCAAACUCAAAACAAAGAGAAAAAGAAGCGAAGGGGCUCUCUCUCGCCUCCCUCCUCUGCCUACGAGCGCGGGACAAAAAGGCCGGAUGACAGAUAUGAUACACCUACUUCUAAAAAGAAAGUACGAAUUAAAGACCGUAAUAAACUCUCCACAGAGGAGCGGCGGAAGUUGUUUGAGCAAGAGGUGGCUCAGAGGGAGGCUCAGAAACAGCAGCAGAUGCAGAACCUGGGGAUGACGUCACCACUGCCCUAUGACUCUCUUGGCUAUAAUGCCCCUCAUCACCCCUUUGUCGGCUAUCCGCCAGGGUACCCAAUGCAGGCCUAUGUGGACCCCAGCAACCCGAAUGCUGGAAAGGUGCUUCUGCCCACACCCAGCAUGGACCCGGUGUGUUCUCCUGUUCCCUACGACCAUGCUCAGCCCUUGGUCGGACAUUCUGCUGUCCCCCUUGCUGCACCUCCACCAGUGCCAGUGGUACCACACGUGGCAGCCCCUGUGGAAGUUUCUAGCUCACAGUACGUAGCCCAGAGUGAUGGUGUGGUCCAUCAGGACUCCAGCGUUGCCGUCUUGCCGGUGCCGGCCCCAGGUCCAGUCCAGGGACAGAAUUACGGUGUCUGGGAUUCAAACCAACAGUCGGUCAGUGUACAGCAGCAGUACUCCCCUGCACAGUCUCAAGCAACCAUAUAUUAUCAAGGACAGACGUGUCCAACUGUCUAUGGUGUGACAUCACCUUACUCACAGACAACUCCACCAAUUGUACAGAGCUACGCCCAGCCGAGUCUCCAGUACAUCCAGGGGCAGCAGAUUUACCCCGCCCACCCGCAGGGAGUGGCCGUGCAGCCAGCUGCGAUCGUUGCCCCCGGGCAGCCUCAGCCCUUACAGGCGCCUGAAAUGGUUGUGACAAAUAACCUCCUGGACCUGCCACCCCCCUCUCCUCCCAAACCCAAAACCAUAGUCUUACCUCCCAACUGGAAGACAGCCCGAGACCCGGAGGGGAAGAUCUACUAUUACCAUGUGAUCACCAGGCAGACUCAGUGGGAUCCCCCGACUUGGGAAAGCCCAGGAGACGAAGCCAGCCUUGAGCAUGAAGCGGAGAUGGACUUGGGAACCCCAACAUAUGACGAAAACCCCAUGAAGACCUCGAAAAAGCCCAAGACAGCAGAAGCAGAUACCUCCAGUGAGCUGGCUAAGAAGAGCAAAGAGGUAUUUAGGAAAGAGAUGUCGCAGUUCAUCGUCCAGUGCCUGAACCCUUACCGGAAACCGGACUGCAAAGUCGGAAGAAUCACCACAACGGAAGACUUCAAGCAUCUAGCUCGCAAGCUGACUCACGGCGUGAUGAACAAGGAGCUGAAGUACUGUAAGAACCCCGAGGACCUGGAGUGCAACGAGAAUGUGAAACACAAAACCAAGGAGUACAUUAAGAAGUACAUGCAGAAGUUCGGGGCUGUUUACAAACCCAAAGAGGACACUGAACUAGAGUGAUGUCGCGCGGCCGAGGUGGGAGGACGGGUCGGGGAGAAGUCCUGUGGGCCCCUGCCCGCCUCCCCACUGCCAGGGCUGUGCUACUGAUGACAUGUCACCCUGGGAAGUCACACCUGUAGAUGGCAACUGCAAGCCAGAGAUGAACUCCCACCUACAGCAUGUGAUUUCCAGUUUGAGCCGUUGGGGUGGGGCAGAGGCCAGCAGAGGCUAGGGCUUAGGGAAGGCCCUGGCCAGACCUGGUCCCACUCACACCUGGGUCUCCUUGGCGGUGCUGUCGCGCACAGGCCCAUGCGCUUCCCCACCCACAACCCCUACUCUGACGAUCUGUAUUAUAUUUUAAUGUAUAUGUGAAUAUAUUGAAAAUAAUUUGUUUGUUUUUCCUGGUUUUUGUUUGGUUUGUUUUCCUUUUAGCCUCUCCGUGCUAGGAUCACAGGAAGACUUUGUAAGGAAGGUUCAAGUUCUCCUGCAAGGUUUAAUUUGUUAUCAUGUAAAUAUUCCAAAGCAGGCUGCCUUGUGGUUUUGGCCAGCCUUGUGCUAUGUUGAUAAGAUUGAUUUACUGCUUAAAAUCACUUUACUUUAUCCAAUUUUUACUGAACUUUUUAUGUAAAAAAUAAAAUCAAUUAAAGAACUUGG